AUGGCGUUCGAAGAUGAGGACCAGGUCGAUUGGAGCGACGGCACUCUUGACCCGCCUUCUCCCAAGUCCCUUGACGCUGCUCCAGAUUCCACUCAUCAUAACCUUGUCGCGAAGCAAGAUGACAACGACAACGGAUCUCCGACAUACGGAGCGAUGGAGCAGUUUUUCAUACCGUGUGGACUACCUCUGACGCCAGCUCUGAUUAACCACGACCACGUACAGUCCACUGGCUCGCGUGCUCAGCGCGCCCGUAUCGGUGUUCAUCUCAAUCGUCGAGAGCCAUCGAAAGAAGACUACGCCAAUUUUGCCCUCUACCAAGCCAACCAGAAAGCAUAUGAAGCGGCCUUCGUCAAGAACUUCCUGGCCCACGCUCUGCACCCGGACAAGAUCAAAGAGUGCUUCAAAGCUCUGGACUUUGAAGAGGAGGUUGAGAGUUACAUGGCACUAGUUGCAGCUAACGUGAACUACAUCACCAACAAGAUGAUCUGGAAUGCUCACCAUCGUGCCGUCAACCUACUUGUGAAUGACGGAAAAGAAGGUGCGCCUUUUCUCGACAUGAACACCUUUGAUAAGAGUGUUUUCGCCUAUUUCGGUCCUAGAAGCACAUUGCCGGCGGCCAGCAAGAUGAAUGAAUCGUGGCACCGUGCUGAUGCGCAGCCUGCAAUGGUCUGGUUCACCCCAAAGGAGUACCCUAUAAGUCAUCACAAUUCCCCCUUCGAGGACAUUGACGAUGUGGCUCAUACGUUGUUGCUGAACGAAAGUUCUGGCAACUCUUUGCCCACUGGCCGCGCCACAAGACUACCGACCACAAAGAAGCGCAGAAGUCAACGCAUGUCUGGGGCAGCGAUUCGAGAUGAGCAACGCGUAUCGUCUCGCGGCAACUGGCUGUCGAGUUUUCCCGAGUUAGGCGUAGAUGACGAGCGUCACAGCCUUUUGCCAAUUACCUCGACUGACCAGAACAUCGGCAACGAGGUGGAGCUGACUGAGUUUGCCAACAACGAGCCUCAGAUCAUAUCAGAUUUGCGAGAUCUACGUCAAAGCGACACAACUCAAGCAUCGCGAUCCAGUCCAGGUCCCACCCCAGAUGACACUGUCCUGAUUGACGAGAUUACGCGUCUCGAGGAGCUAGCCAACCUGUAUGGGAACGACGCCCUCAACAGUGAUCGUAUCAUUUCUUUCCAGGAGCCCGGAAGAGUCGAUCAACCUGAGGAGGUACCUUCAUGGUUGACGCAGCUCAUCUACGACCACAAGCGUCGGGUGAUUGAGAAGUGGGGGCUUCCACAGCAGAGCCUUCGAGGUGCGCUUCCAGGUAUCAGGCAGAUCGUUGCCGCCGCCAUCGCGCAAGGUUACCGUCCUGUUGCAGACGAUAUCGACGAGAGGAUCGAAGCCAUUGAAGCUCGAGAGCAGCAGCAGCUCUCUUUCCUUCCUCAACCGCAAGGACAAUCUGUGUCGGCUUCGAGUGCACCGUCUCCAUCAAAUUCCACAAACACAUCGAUUCGAAAGGGAAAGCGCAAGUCAGUGGAAGAGACUAGCAAGAGGAAGCAGAUCGUGCAGCCGUCGAAGAAGAAACGCAAAAUCGGGACGCAAGUCGUCCCUCCAGAGGAAGCUGCCGUUCAACCCCGCCCAAGGAAUAUUGUUGACCGUUCGCUUCUACAGCCUCACCCGAGCGGGUCAACGACACUUGAAGCUCAUCAGCAGUUCCCCCCAAAUGCGUACUUUGAACCCAAAGUCGACGACGAGAAACCAGUAUGGCGCUGCGGCAUCAAACAUGCCAUGGGUUACUACUACAAUGCCGGAGAUCGCAAGAACUGCGCAGGCUGCUUCACUUCCAUCAGCGAGAACCCCAAGCUCCAGAUGAUGGAUUUCUAUCUGCCAUCCCGCACACACAUGUUCCAGCCGGCGCCGGGACAGCUCUGGAAACCAAGCAAGCUUCUAGGCAAAGCCCGGCGCUCAACCCACCUGUCUCACAACAGCAUCGCAAAGGAAGCCUACUGGGCAGCCAUAAGUGCCGGUUCUGACGAAGCCGGUGCUCGCCAGAUAGGUGUACACGCCGUAGAACAACACCUGCGACCCAAACCCCGCAAGGAGCCCACGCCCGAGCCCAGCCCAGAGCCAGAACCCGAUCUCGGGCCCCAUCCCAGCGGCUCCGCAACCAUGGAGCACGGCCAGGACCUCCCAGCAUGCGCGUACUUCACCAAGCGCCACCGCCACGAAGAACGCGCCUGGCGCUGCGACGUCAACCACGCACUGGGCCGGUACUACCUCGCAGGCGACAAGCGGUCCUGCCCCGGCUGCGGGUCGAACAAAGCCGGCGCAGGUCGACAUGUCGAGAUGGACUUCUACAUGCCUGUUGGCGUUGUUAUACGCCAGGAAGCUCCGGGCUUGUCGAACUGGAAGCCGCGCAAGCCGUAUAAGUUGACUAAGAGCAAGGCGAGGGAGAGGGAGAAGGCGACUGCUCCUUCGCAUAAUCAGAUCUGCUCGAAGAAGUACCUUGAGCUUGUGGGUGCGGGGAUGCUGCAUGAUGAGGCGCUGGGUUGCGCGGUUAGGGAUACAGAUGCGUUUCUUGAUGCGAAGCAGGAGGAUGCGCAGAGGAAGUACGAGCAUGAGCAGGAGCGAGAAGGCGAGAAUAUACGUGUCGUUGGGACGAGAGGGAGGAAAGAUUCUGCUAACACUGCUGGUAACCAGAUGGGUUGCGCGGGCAAUAGUCGCUCGUCUCGAACUGGGCCUGUGGCACUCGUCCCUGAGAAAUAUCCCAAUGAGACGACGGACGACGAAAAGGAUGAUGAAAAAGACGACGUGGAGGAGUAUGGCCAGGGAGACGAUGCAGAAGACGUACAGUCGGAAGCCGUCGACUCUUCUUCCGCUGAGGAAUCGAGCUCUGGAUCGGACAGCGAGUGA